AUGGAGGGCAAUGUGUCGGCUGUCGAAUGGGUCAUGGACCUCAAUGAUGCCUGUUGUCAUGUCGGGCGAGGCAAGGUCUUUGUCUUCAUUCCAGACUUGGACGAACGCACACAUGAUCAGAAAGAAUACUGUCCAGACGCACUCCGAGCCUUUCGACAAAUCCCCCCCUUCUUCUACGCGCCGGUGGAACUCACAGCGGACGAAGUCGAGAGUUGGUGGAGCAUGGACCGAGAAACUCGCCUCGCCUGCCGGAGUCCACGCCACAUCGGGCUGCCCAGCCACCUGCCCGUCCUCCCGUUCGACGUGUCAUUGAACCACAUGAAGCCCCAGUUGGAUCCUGUCAGAACGGCCUCGAUCACCGUCUGCAUUGGUCCAGACCAGUCUCGGCCGUGCGUCGCGCCGACCGCCCAGAUCAGAGCGCUCUGCACCUCAUACAAGGGAAUCGCUUGGGUCUGCCAGCCGGGGUGGGACGCGCUUCGGAAGUGGACGGUGCCCGGAAUCCGCGGCGCCGCCGAGGCGUUGGAGCGACUGUAUCGUGACCGUCGCCAAGAUCUGCAAUACUACCACACGCUUCGGCAGAGUUUAAUCGUCGUGGGCAGGGAGGCGGCGAAGGCAGGGCAGGCGUACGUGCUGCCCACGGCGCAACACAUGCAAGAAAAGCAGGAGAAAGCCCAGAGGGCACAACAGAGAUCACAACAAAUGAAUCGUGGUCGCAGGGAGCGGAGGCAGAAGGCCUCGGGCGCAUCUUGA